AAGAAAUCAGAUCGGGGAGCUAGAGCGCCCGCAGCCCCUGCUUCCCCUCCGGGGCCAGCCCUCGGGAAGGCCAGGGCCGCGGCUAUUCUUCCUAGCACCGGAGUCCUGGGGACAGAAGGGGCCCAGACAGGGGUGUCCCGCGGCAGGCCUGGCGCUCGGCCCGCUCGGAGGUUAACGGACCCCAGCGCAAAAGGCUGCUUCUCGAGCAACGGCAGGGAGAAGAAACGGGGCUCAAAACAAAACGACCGAUCUCUUAUCAGCAUCUACGGGGCAGGCGGAAAGCAGAGGAAGCAAACACCGGCCAGAAGCCACCGCUCCCGCCCGAGCUGCUUUUAAACUGCGUGUCUACAACCCUUCGCUCGGCGCCGCGGCAGAUGGAACCCGCGCGAGCCUUCAGGCCAAUCAGCGUGGCGCUUCCUCCCGUCGCCGGCCAAUGGCGGCGCGCGUUCUUGGGGCGCGGGCGAAGCAGGGCGCUCUCCGUUGGCGUCCAGUGUGUGGGCUGGGUUUGGUGCGGGCUCCUUGCUCCGCCGCUCUCUGGCCGUAGUUCUGCUUCGGGGGCUUUUGUGCCGGCCUGUGGCCCCGCUUCGCGUCCGCUCUCCCUUGCUCCGCCCCGCGACGAUCGUCCCGGGCAGGAACCCCCGUAAGGCGCGGAGGCGGCGGCGGCGCGGCCCGGGCGCGGAGCCAGGAUCCCCGAGCGAUCGCGCCGCGGUGUAGGCUGCGGGCAGGGGGGCGACGCGGGCCCCGAGAUGCCGGAGUUCCUGGAGGACCCGUCGGUCCUGACCAAAGACAAGUUGAAGAGUGAGUUGGUCGCCAACAAUGUGACGCUCCCGGCCGGCGAGCAGCGCAAAGACGUGUAUGUGCAGCUCUACCUGCAGCACCUCACGGCGCGCAACCGGCCGCCGCUCGCCGCCGGCGCCAACAGCAAGGGGCCGCCGGACUUCUCCAGCGACGAAGAGCGCGAGCCCACGCCGGUGCCUGGCCCUGGGGCCCGCGGCCGCGCCGCCGUCGGCAGGAAAGCUACAAAGAAAACUGAUAAACCAAGAAUAGAAGAUAAAGAUGACCUAGAUGUAACAGAGCUCUCUAAUGAAGACCUUCUGGAUCAACUUGUGCGAUAUGGAGUGAAUCCUGGCCCUAUUGUAGGAACAACCAGGAAACUUUAUGAGAAAAAGCUGUUGAAACUGAGAGAACAAGGAACAGAAUCAAGAUCUUCUACUCCUUUACCAACAAUUUCUUCUGAAAAUACAAGGCAGAAUGGAAAUAAUGACUCAGACAGAUAUAGUGACAACGAAGAAGGAAAGAAGAAAGAACACAAGAAAGUGAAGUCCACUAGGGAUUUUGUUGCUUUUUCUGAACUUCCAACUACUCCCUCUGGUGGAUUUUUUCAGGAUAUUUCUUUUCCUGAAAUUUCCACUCGUCCUCCUUUGGGCAGGAUUGAACUACAGGCAGCUAAGAAAGUUCAUACUUCUAAGGGAGACCCACCUAGGGAGCCUCUUAAGACCACAACCUUGCCUGGCAAGGGACAGUUGCAGAAAUUAGCCCGUGAAGGGAAUUUGUUUCUUUCCUCCAAGUCUAGCCAUGAUAGUUGUUUAGAGAGAAGUCCUUCGUCAUCUCAGCAUGAACUCGCUGCCAUGGUCUCUACUGCAGCUUCUCCUUCAGUGAUUAAAGAAACCACUACUACUUACUGUAAAGACAUAGUAGAAAAUAUUUUCCAUGGAGGAAAAAGGGGAACUCGGCCAUUAUGUACUGCAGAGGCCAAUAUCUCAGAUCAGUCAAUUCUAUCCAGCGAGAGGGAAGUACUAGAGGAGUGUAGGAGAUCACAGGUGCUUUCUCCACCACUUGCUCAGGCAAUCAGAGAUUAUGUCAAUUCUCUAUUAGUCCAGGGUGGCGCAAGCAGUUUGCCUGGGACUUCUAAAUCUGUACCCACACUGGAUGUAGAAAGAAUAUGUCAGAGAAUUGAUCCAUCUAAAUUUCAAGAAGCUGAAUUUCUGACUCCUCCACACAAACUCCCUAGACUCAGUGAGAAGGCAGUAGAGGAAAGGGAUCCCGGUUCCUUUGUGGCAUCUCAGAGUAGUCCUGGAUCUGCACACAUGUCUGCUUCUGCCAAAACUGUUGUCUCUCAUUCACUCUCUACCUUAGGCAUAGAAAUGUCCAACCAGUCGCAGCAUGAUAAACUAGAUGCCUCAGGACUGUCUUUUCCUUUGCAUGAAUCUAUUUUAAAAGUAAUUGAAGAAGAGUGGCAGCAGGUUGACAGAGAGCUACCUUCAUUGGCAUGCAAGUAUCCAGUUUCUUCCAGAGAGGCAACACGAAUAUUAUCAGUUCCAAAAGUAGAUGAUGAAAUCCUGGGGCUUAUUGCUGAAGGCACCCCAGCAGCAGGUGUUCAGCCAGCCUCUGCUGAGUCCUGCGAUAAACAUUUGGACUUGGCACUCUGCAGGACGUACGAAGCUGCAGCAUCGGUGUUGCAGGCUGCAACCCACACCGCCUUUGUAGCUAAGGCUAUGCAGGCAGACAUCAGUCAGGCUGCACAGAUACUUAGCGCAGAUCCUAGUCACGCACCCCAGGCACUUGAGAUGCUGAGCAGAACGUAUGAUGCAGCUUCAUUUCUCUGUGAGGCUGCGUUUGAUGAAGUGAAGAUGGCUGCCUGUACCAUGGCGUCUUCCAGUGGUGGCCGCCGGCAUCUCUGGUUGAAGGAUUGCAGACUUAGUCCAGCUUCUAAGAACAAGCUGACUGUUGCUCCCUUCAAAGGUGGCACUUUAUUUGGAGGAGAAGUACACAAAAUAAUUAAAAAGCGUGGAAAUAAGCGCUAACAUGGUUAAGAACAAAGACAUCUUUCUUAUUUUGGAUAUGGAAAACUUAAGGAGUUUUAUGGGUGUCUUAGGUACCUUUAAGGUUAUUUUGGUCUCCAGAUUGGGCUGAUUUCUUUUUUGUGGGGAGGGGUACUGGGAAUUGAACUCAGGACUUUGUGCUUGCCAGGCAGGCACGCCACUGCUGAGCUAAAUCCCUGGCCCCUGGGCUGAUUUCUAAACGUUAGACUUCUACUCACUAUAGUGUAAAAGUAAUUCCCUAUGUAGAAUUGUUCUUUUGUUCUUCUUUUUGAUAGGUUGAUACAAACAUAAGCUUUAUAUAGAUCACAUAUUUGUCUAUUUUCUCUUUUACUUACAACUCUCCAAAACUAAAAAUAUUUCAAUAACUAAAAUAUAAGUAGUCUUCACUUUUUAUAGUAUCACAUGCAUAUUGUGCUAUACAUAGGCUAGAAAUAAACACUAUUACAUAUUCAAAAUAGUGAAUUUUUUUUCCCUUUUUGGUACUCAUGUCUUAAGUAUCUUCACUUUCUGGAACUUGCCCACGCUUUGCUCUUAACUUUUUGCUUUUGUUUGUUGCUUGCUUGUGUGUGUAACAUUGUGAGACCCUACAUCCAAGAAAACUGCUAGUCCACAAACUAUUACUGGUGCACAGACAGUCAUGCACAAGGGGUGAAAUCUCUGUGGGUGGAGGAGUAGCUCAGUGGUUAAGAGCAUGUGCUUGGCCCAGGUUUAAUCCCUGGCAGACCCCUCCCCCUUUCUCUUUAAUAAAGGGAUUUAAAUCUGGAGGCACUUUUUAGCCCAGUUUUUUAUUGUAUGAACUUUUCCUGAUAGCCAAAGCAGUGUACAUUUGGAUGCAGGCCCCUGUUCUCUUCCGGGCCGGGAGGUAACAGUUUCUGACCAUACCAGUCCAAGACCACACUCUGAGGAGCACUGCCCUGGGAGACAGGUUCUCUGUGCAUGCUCACUCACUGUUCUGUUGUUAGGUGAGCUAGACUCUGGUGGGCCUCUUUUUUCCUCUUUCUUUUCCUUUCAAACUAUGUUGUAUUUCAUGAAGAUUUAAACCACCAGUCUAGAUGCUAAGAGCAAAUUUUAAGUAUUUUUUGUUUUUAAAGCCUUAAGAAAUCAUGCCAUAUCUGAGUGUCUGUGUUUGUAUAAAUGUAUUACCCUGUUUUCAUUUCUAUGAUUGUAAGGUAAGACAGUCUGUAGUAGCAGCAGCAUUGUGGAAAAUAGUCCUAAGCAUAAGAAAAUGUGGUCUCUUGGAUACUUCUCUAGCCAUUGCCAUUGACUACACCUUUCAUCUUUGCAGCUUUCUGGAAAUAAUUUUGUUAUUUGUCCUCUGCCAAUGUACAUGUGUACAUGUACCUACUAAGUGCUAUGUGAUUUUUUUUUUUCAAAAAUGUAUUCCUGUAGAAUGCUUCUACAAAUUCAAUAAAGUUGUUAAAUUUGAA